AUGUAUUCUAUGAUAAAUAUUCUUGUUCUCUUAACAUUAUUUUAUGUUGAUUAUACAUUAAGUAAAAAAUUAUUUAAUAUACAUAAAUAUGGAAAAGGUGCUUGGGCUCAUUCAACAGAAAUAAAAAUUCAUUGUUUUUCUGGUGAUUCUUUAAUUCGAUUAGCGAAUGGUGAAAAUAAAAAAAUUUCUUAUCUGAAAUCAGGUGAUGAAAUUCUUACAAUUGAUCAAUCAAAAAUUGUUUCAACUGAAAUGAUUAUGAUGUUAGAUAAACAAAUAUCAAAAGAAGUUUUAUUUUAUGAAUUCAUAACAAAAUCUGGUCAUGAAAUAAGUUUAACUGAAUAUCAUUUAAUUCCCAUUUUUAAUUCAAAUCAAAACCAAAUUUAUUUAUUUGCUAAACAAAUUCAAAUAGGAGAUUUUUUAUAUGUUUUAUUAAAUGAUCAACUUAAAUAUUCUCCAGUUAUUAAUAUAACAGUUGAGAUAAGAAAAGGUUAUUAUGCUCCGUUAACAAGUAAAGGAACAUUAUUAGUCAAUGAUGUCUUAGCAAGUUGUUUUGCAUAUGUAAAAAAUCAUCAUUCGGCACAAUUUUAUAUGUUUCCUUUCCGUUUUUAUUACAAAUUAGCACGAUUUUUCAAUUUCACUGAUCCAUUUAAUAAUCCUAAUUCUGAAGGUUUACACUGGUUCAUUAAAAUUAUGUUUAAUUUUGCAAAAUAUUUUCGACCAGAUACAUUAUUUUCGUAG